AUGUCUAGCGCUCCAAACAUCCUGAAUCUCGCGCUCCACCACCUGUCACCACAUAACCGGUCGCCAUUGGCAUCUCUCAAGAAACUUGAGCAAAUUCACGCUCUUCUCAUCGUCUCCGGCGCCGUUUCCCGUUACAAUUUAACCAGAAUCCUCCUCCACUGCCUCUCCAUUCCAUUCUUCCCGCCGCCCUACGCUCUCUCCAUUUUCGCCCAAAUACGCCCACCAGAUGUCUUCACCUACAACGCUCUCAUCCGAGGCUUCAGCUCCGACCCUCAGAAAGCCGUUUCCUUGUACUCUAACAUGCGCCGGGAGGGCGUUCCCCCCAACAAGCACACUUUCCCUCUCCUGCUCAAGUCCAAGGCCCGGAUACCCUUUCAGAUCUUCGGGCAUGCAAUCCAGUUCGGGUUCGGGCUCGACCCGUUCGUGAGAAACUCUCUGCUUUCCUCAUUUGCCAGCUGCGGACUAGUCGAGGACGCCCACAAGCUGUUUGACGAAAUGACUGACAAGGACUUGGUCUCCUAUACCGCGUUAAUGGACGUGUAUAUCAAGAACAAACGGGCCACGCAGGCUCUGGAUCUAUUUCUUGAGAUGAGAAGGUGUGGGGUCUGCACGGACGGGGUUGUCGUAGUCAGUGCCCUUUGUGCGGCUGGCAUGUGUGGCAGUGUUUGGCUUGGGAAGUGGAUACACGGCUUUUACGUGGAGAGCGGGAGAGUGGUGCGGGAUGUUUAUGUCGGGAGUGCCCUUGUCGACAUGUAUUCUAAAUGCGGGUUAUGUGAGGACGCGCUCAAGGCCUUCCAGGACAUACCGCAUAAAAAUGUUGUUUCUUGGGGCGCAUUACUCGCUGGGAUGGUAGGGGGUGGGGUCCACCCCAACGAGGUCACCCUGCUAGCCGUGCUGAGCGCGUGCGCACACGGGGGGCUGGUGAAUGAGGGGAAGGGUAUAUUUGCAGAGAUGGAGAGGGUUUAUGGGGUGGGUCCCACAGCGGAGCACUGCAGCUGCAUGGUCGACCUUCUGGGGCGGGCGGGGAGGCUGGUGGAGGCAGUGGAGCUGAUUGGGGGCAUGCAAGGCACUGGGCCGUGGAGUGCGCUGCUUGGGGCAUGCGCUGUCCACAGGGAUUACGAGCUUGGGAAGGUGGUGGGGAAUCACCUGAUGAGGGUGCAGCCAUGCCAGGGUGGGAGGUACGCUCUCCUGGCCAACCUGUGCUCGGGGAGCGGUGAUUGGAAGGGGGCCGCAGGGGUGAGGAAGAAGAUGAGGGAGGCUGGAGGAGGUAAGGCUCGGGGGUGCAGCUGGAUCGAAAUGGGGGGCAUUGUCCGAGAGUUUUAUGCAUUCGGGGAGUCGGGUGAGGGGAAUGUACAUGUGUACACAAUCGUCCAUCACCUUAUGGAACAUAUGAAGCAGCCGCCUUUUAUUUUCGAAGAUGAUUUUUUCGAGAUUUAA